AUGAAGAAAAAGUCUGAUAAAAUUGCAAAUGAGCACGUAGUAGAGCCUUCAUCCUCAUCUUCGGGAAAGAACAAGAAGAAAGAUCCAUCCUUUAAAUUCGUGGACAUGACUAGCGAAUGGGAGCCUUGUAUGUCCAAUAUUAGAAAAGAGAAGAAGUACUUUCAGUUAAGAAAGCAAUUGAAAACCUGCGAGAACUUUCAACAAAAUUACUUUGUGAUCAGCAUGCCAAAGAAGAGAAAGAUGAGCAGCACCGAAAAUGAGGAGGCUGAAGGCGCUCACACCGAGCAUGAAGAACAACAUGCAGAGCAUCAGCAGCAGCAAGGAGGACUUCCACUUUAUCAACAACCACCAAUGAUGAUGCAUCAUCGUCAAUCAAACUCUCAGCCUUUCAUUCAUCAACAACAUCAAGUAUCGAUGAUGACAAAUAAUCAAAUAACAACUGCUCCAUCAAAAUAUCCAUCAUCUCAAACAACUGUAACUGCUCAGGACAAUUCCAAAUCUAACAACACAAACAUCAUUAAUACCAAAAACAUUCUCAGAUUUGAUAGUCCUCCUUUAGAGCAGCCAUCCACAUCCAUUGUUCCAACCAAACCUCCUCCCGUAGUGCAACAGCUUCCUAACGGUCUCAUUCAAUAUAACAACGUUCAAAUUAGUACUUGUAAUGAAGAAGAAACACAAAAAACAAAGAAGAGAAAAACUACAAACAAAAAAGACCUUUCUCAACCUUCUAUGCCCCCUUCUGUUUCGAACAACAAUAUGAGCGUUCAACAACUUGCACGUGCCAGCAACACACAAUAUGGAUUUUUAUCUCCUCCUGCAUCAUGCGCUACUCAGUAUUUAAGUUCAACUCACCAACAAAAGAACAGCCAAAUGGCUCAAACCUCACAAAGCGAACCUGUGAUUACUAAUGUGCAAUAUGUAGAUUUUGGACAACAUAAUUUUGUUUUGAGUGAAUCUUUUUCUGAAUCAAAUGCAAAAGUUUUGGAUGUUGAGGAUUCUAUUUCUUUCUCCUUUUCUGAACCAUUUGUUGGUGAAGAUGAAGCCCAGUUCGAUCUUCCAGAUAUUGAGCUUUUUGGAAGCCUUGAUUUUCUCCCAAGUACUCCAGUAUCUACGGGUUACAACGAUGUAAAAUUAUGA